AUUUUUCGCUGCGGUAUUUUCUCUUACGCGACAUUUUCUCUCUUUUUCAUUUUCUCUAACGGCAGAAAUCAUUAUUUACGCUCACUCUCACAGCCUCACCUCAAAACAUCCUCCUCCGUAACUCUCAAUACUUUCUUCUCCCUUCCUCCGCACUCACCUGCUCUCCGGUCGCCACUCGUCGAUCGUCAAUCACGCUGCGUAAUUCCAUUGUUAGGCCCUUAGAGUUUCAACUAGAUCCACUGCUCGCAAACAUGGCGGUGGCAGCUCCAGGACAACUAAAUCUUCACGAAUCCCCUACUUGGGGUUCUAGGAGCGUCGAUUGUUUCGAUAAAUUGGAACAAAUCGGUGAAGGAACUUAUGGACAAGUUUUCAUGGCUAGAGAAAUCGAAACCGGAGAAAUUGUUGCUUUGAAGAAAAUAAGAAUGGACAAUGAAAAAGAAGGGUUUCCAAUCACUGCCAUUCGUGAAAUCAAGAUUCUAAAGAAGCUUCAUCAUGAAAAUGUGAUUAAACUAAAGGAGAUCGUCACUUCCCCUGGUCCUGAGAAAGACGAACAAGGGAGGCCAGAUGGUAAUAAAUAUAAAGGAGGGAUCUACAUGGUCUUUGAUUAUAUGGAUCACGAUUUAACUGGUCUUGCUGAUCGUCCUGGGAUGAGGUUCACUGUUCCCCAGAUCAAGUGCUACAUGAGACAGCUGUUGACAGGUCUUCAUUAUUGUCAUGUAAAUCAAGUACUGCAUCGUGAUAUUAAAGGUUCAAAUCUUCUCAUAGACAAUCAAGGGAUGCUAAAGCUUGCAGAUUUUGGUCUUGCUCGCUCCUUCUCAAAUGAUCAUAAUGGGAAUCUCACUAAUCGUGUCAUUACCUUGUGGUAUAGACCUCCUGAAUUGUUGCUUGGUAGCACAAAGUAUGGUCCUGCUGUUGACAUGUGGUCAGUUGGAUGUAUCUUUGCGGAGCUUCUCCAUGGGAAACCGGUAUUUCCUGGCAAAGAUGAGCCAGAGCAAAUAAAUAAGAUCUUUGAGCUUUGUGGAGCUCCAGAUGAGGCCAAUUGGCCAGGGGUUACAAAACUUCCUUGGUAUGCCAAUUUGAAACCGAACAGGCCAAUGAAAAGACGAUUACGAGAGUACUUUAGACACUUUGAUCGUCAUGCUUUAGAGUUGUUGGAGAGGAUGCUGACUCUUGAUCCAGCACAGAGGAUCUCCGCUAAGGAUGCGCUUGAUGCGGAGUAUUUUUGGACUGAUCCUUUGCCAUGUGAUCCUAAGAGUUUGCCCACAUACGAAGCAUCACACGAGUACCAAACAAAGAAAAAACGCCAGCAGCAAAGGCAGCAGCAUGAAGAAGCAGCAAAACGCCAAAAGCUCCAGCAUCCUGGAGCACAUGCUCGUCUUCCACCUAUUCAGCACUCUGGUCAAUCACAUGGCCAGAUGCGGCCUGGACCAAACCAGCCCAUGCAUGGCUCGCAAUCUUCUAUUCCUGCAGGUCCCGGCCAUCAUUAUGGCAAGGCUCGAGGACCCUCUUCUGGAGGUCCCAACAGAUAUUCCCAGAGUGGAAAUCCCAGUGGGGGAUAUAAUCACCCCAACCGUGCAAAUCAAGGUGGUGGAGGAGGCUAUGGCAAUGCCCCAUACUCACAGCAAGGUCGUGGCUAUGGUUCGAGUGGCCCACGUGGUGGUGGGGGCAGUGGUUAUGGUGGAGGUGCACCUAAUUAUCAACAAGGUGGACCAUAUGGUGGUUCAGGUAGUGGUCGGGGAUCCAAUAUGAAUCGUAAUCAGCAGCAUGGUUGGCAGCAAUAAUACUGCUACACCAAUUCAACAUUUAUUUAGUAGGGAAAUUGGUAUCUUGUACAGUUGCAUGGCAUAUGUUAAAUUAUUUGAUUUUGCAGAUAACCUGACACUAGUUUUUAGUGAAGUUUACAAGCUUCAUGGUCCAUCUUUGUAGUUUGUUUUGUUAUAUUCUGAUUUUGAUUCAUUUUCUAUUUUGAUUGUCUCUUUUAAUUUCAUUCAUACUUGAGAAACCUACAAGUUAAGUUUUAAAAAUAAACAUUUUAUAGAUAUCUCUUUUAAUUUUAUCCUUUUAAUUUGCCU